CGCCGUUCGUUGAUUGAUCGAUUAGGGUUUUUGUCGGCCGGCAGUUUCAGGCAUGGGGUCUCAUGAGCAAUCAGAGAAGAAAUCGCCUGAGAAAAGUGGUUCGAGCAUUGUGUCUAAGAAGGUCGCGGAGAUCUGGGAGCGAAUGAACGAGGGAGUACCAAAUAAGCGAUUCAAUUUUGUCUCAAAGAGCUCAACCGCUUUGCCCGCGAAAAAUUCAGCUAAUAAUAACAACUGGAGAAGUUAUCUUGGUGUGGAUGCGAAGAAGAAGAAGAAGGAUCAAGAAAUUGUACAAAAGGAAGAUAGUGUUUCGGAUAAUAGCUGUAGCGAGGAGGCUAAAAGCAUUGCUGCAGCCGCUCUAGCAGCUGUCAGAAACGCAACCGCAACCGCUGCAGCUGCUUCGAGCCGAGGCAAGAUUGAGAUAACGGAGGUCAAAGACUUUGCGGGUCAAGAAGUCGAAGUAAAGCGGUUAGUGGAAGCGGAUUCGAAGGAAGCAUUAGAGAAGGGAAACAAAGGGUCUUCCUCUGCUUCCUCCUCGGCCGCAACGACUUCAGCGGUUGAUGCGGUUCUCGAGCAGAUAAAGAAGAAACAGAAGCUGAGCGUUCUGGACAAGACGAAAAAAGAUUGGGGAGAGUACAAGGAGGAAAACAAAGGCGUUGAAGACGAGCUAGAUAAGUACAAGAAGAGCUCGGACAAGUACUUGGACAAAGUUUCGUUCUUGGAGAGAGCUGAUUACAGACAGUUUGAGAAAGAGAGAGACGCUCGUUUAGCUCUUCAGUCCAAGAGAAGACACGAUGAGGCCUGAAUGUGAGAGACUCUUUUAGCGUUCUUCUUCUUCUUCGUCUGCUUCUCUAAACCGAGUUUUGAUCUGCUUCAUUGAUUCGGUGGUUUUCAUCUCCGGCUUGAGUGCGUGCUGAAGAAUGAAGAUCACCCUCUCUUUAGGCUAUGGACAAUGAGAUGGCUACAAGCCAAGGAUUCUGUUUCUAACCAUAUGUUACAUCAAAUGAAACAUCGUUGUGAUUGCAUUCUCGGUUUUUUGCUUUCGUUCGAUUAUUCAAAAGCGUAGGAGUGCUCUUGUAAGUAAUUGAUUUUUCUUGUUUAGUCUUUAUCAAGAAUGCUUUUAAUAAAAAUCAUUUGAGUUCGAUGA